UUGUUCCGUGGGACUGGCACUGCCGGCCCGCCCUCCACAUUCCCGCGCACCUCCACCAUAAACAUCCCGCCACCCCCUUCCUUUUCCCUGCCCUCUCGUGCCCGUGUUUGUAGCCAGGUGUCCCUGAGCACGUGCUCCCUCCCCUCUUCUUCUUCCUCCUCCUCCUCCCCCCCUCCAUGCCCCUCCCUCCACCUUCUCCCCAGCGGCGGCUGGUGGCUAUGCCGAGCCCGGGUUGGGCCGGCCAGGGCGGGGAGUCACAUGAGCGGGCCGCCUGAGCCUGUCCUACGUGGUGAGCGAAGAGCCGUGGCAUUGGUAGUAAUAGUACAGUAUUAGUAGUAGUAGUAGUAGCAGCAGCAGCAGCGCUGGUAUUGACGGCGGCGGCAGCUGGGCCUGGGGGCGGGCGGCAAGCCAGCCUGUGGCCGCAGGUUCCCCGCCAUCCUCCUCGCCCCCCCUCCCUUCCUCGCCGCUGGCUGCCAGGAGAACAGCAACAGAGCGACCACCUGUGAGGAGCAUGCGCCCAACGCAGGAUAUCCAUCUGUGAAAUCCUGGGGCAAUGGAUCCAGUCUGCUUGAAAAGUUUGCUUUGAAAUACAUGAUGGAGGUAUCUUACUGAAGGGAUUGUGGAGCAGAACAAGCAACUGGUUUUAGUUAAACGUAUAACUCCAGCCUGCUAUGGAACAGAGUGAGGAUCAGCAAGAAGCCCUGGUAAAGACUCAGGAGGACAGCAAGAGCAGCUCAAGACAUUUGCCUGCAGGAGCUGUCCCGGUCAGGGGGGAGAUAAAGAAGCACGCAGUCACAGAUGACUACAAAACCUCUAAGCGGGUGCUUGGCCUUGGCAUUAAUGGCAAAGUAAUGGAGUGCUUUCACAAGGUGACUGGGCGGAAGUGUGCCCUAAAGCUGUUGCACGAUAGCCCAAAAGCACGACAGGAGGUGGAUCAUCAUUGGCGGGCUUCUGGCUGCCCCCACAUUGUCCAUGUUCUGGAUGUUUAUGAGAAUAUACAUCAUGGAAAAAGAUGCCUCCUAAUCAUAAUGGAGUGCAUGGAGGGAGGGGAGCUGUUCAGCAGGAUCCAGGAACGAGGAGACCAAGCAUUCACAGAAAAAGAGGCCUCUGAAAUAAUGAGAGACAUUGGAACAGCCAUCCAGCAUCUGCAUGGAAUGAACAUAGCCCACAGAGAUGUCAAGCCAGAAAACCUGCUCUAUACAUCUAAAGAAAAGGAUGCAGUGCUCAAACUGACAGACUUCGGAUUUGCCAAAGAGACAACAGUGCAGAACGCUCUGCAGACUCCCUGUUACACUCCCUAUUAUGUAGCUCCAGAAGUCCUUGGUCCUGAGAAGUAUGACAAAUCCUGCGAUAUGUGGUCUCUUGGGGUCAUCAUGUACAUUCUUCUGUGUGGGUUCCCUCCAUUCUACUCCAAUACUGGUCAAGCCAUUUCUCCAGGAAUGAAGAGGAGAAUCCGGAUGGGGCAAUAUGGAUUUCCAAAUCCUGAAUGGUCUGAAGUAUCUGAUGAAGCUAAGCAGUUAAUUCGCCUGUUGCUGAAGACAGAUCCAACAGAGAGGAUGACAAUUUCUCAGUUUAUGAAUCACCCCUGGAUUAAUCAAUCCAUGGUGGUGCCACCAACUCCUCUACACACAGCCAGAGUCCUGCAAGAGGAUAAAGAUCACUGGGAUGAAGUAAAGGAGGAGAUGACUAGUGCUUUGGCAACCAUGCGAGUGGACUACGACCAGGUGAAAAUUAAAGAUUUGAAAACCUCCAACAACCGUCUCCUCAACAAACGGCGCAAGAAACAGAAACAAGGAGGCACCUCUUCAGCUUCUGCUGGAUGUAACAACCAAUAAAGAGAGGACAGAAAGCUAAAAAUCAAAAGGAACAGCUAGCCCAGCGGGGUUUAGCUCCUCUUUACGACAAAGGAUGCAUCUUUUGAAACGAUGAGCCUGUGACGAGCAAACAAGGUUUACUGCAAUGAAAGUGCAAUGUACUGGAACUUCUUAUCUGGAGAUAGUUUAUUUUUUUUCCUAAGGGGAAUUUAUUUGUUUUUACCAUUCUUUUACAUUUUAGUAGAGGUUUGCUAAGGAAUUCCAGAAAACCAUAAUGCUCCAGUGAAGCUUUAGAUGAAAAGAUUGUUCUUCAGGCAGUUCAGGUUGAAUACUUAAUGGCCAAAACUCAGCCACCUCUAAGCAUUCUUAAAUCUCUUUGUUUUAUCCUUAAGCACAGGUUUAACUCUUUAACUGAAUUUAGCAGAAUGUCAAACUGCUUAAUAGUUUAUAGACUGAA